AGAGAUGCAGAAAUAGGGAACUACAUAGUUGUAAGACUGCAAAGAGUGAGAGAGAGAGAGAGGGAGGGCAGAGAGAGAACAUAAAGUACAUUAAGUUUGUAUUUAAGUUCCUAUAAGUAGAGAGAGAACAGAGAAAGUUACAGACUUGGACACACAAUAUUAUAUCAGAACCUAUAGACACCUGGACCAACCUGGAGAGAACACAACAUUAUAUCAGGACCUAUAGACACCUGGAGAGAACACAACAUUAUAUCAGGACCUAUAGACACCUGGACCAACCUGGAGAGAACACAACAAGAUGAGGAUCCUGCUGAUAGUCAUCCUCCUCUCCUUCAUGACAGGUUGUUUGAGCUCCUUCAAAGUGACAGGAUACUCUGGAGGAACUGUCAUCAUCUCCUGUCAAUAUUCCACAGAAGACAGAAGUCAUGACAAAUAUUUCUGUAAGCAGCAGAACAGUUUGAGAUGUAAGGAUCAAAUCAAAACUGGAUUGAGGAACACCUGGCAGCACAGUGGUAGAUUCUCCCUGUAUGACAACACUGAAGGAAACGACUUCAAGGUGAUCAUCAGACAACUGACCAGACAAGAUGAAGGGACCUACUGGUGUGGAGUGGACAUACCUACUGCACCUGACAGUUAUACCAAGGUAGAGCUGGAGGUGAAGCAGGAUGACUGCUGUGAGAAGUCAGUCACAGAGACGGCCUUUCUGGGAGGAGAAGCUACCAUCAGAUGUAACUAUCCAGAGGACCAUGAGGACAACAUCAAGUAUUUCUGCAAGGAAGACAGUGAAUAUGACUGUGAAAACAAGAUAUCAGAUACAUAUCUUGAAAAAUCUAGAAGAUAUUCUCUUUCUAAGAGAAGAAGAGAGAGAUUCUCCACAGUGACCAUCAGUGACCUGACUGAAGAUGAUACUGGGACCUACUGGUGUGGAGUAGAAACCAGCAGGACAGAACAACGUUACAUUACACUGAUCACACAGGUGAAGCUGCUUGUUAUAAUGGCACCAACUACCACCAUCAUGAAAACCAAAACUACAGCCCCACCCACAACCACCUUCCUCUCACUAUCUUCACCAUCACCACCAUCAUCAUCAUCAUCAUCAUCAUCAUCAUCAUCAUCAUCAUCACCAUCAUCAUCAUCA